AUGCAGUUAUUAUACAAGUUUAGUUACGGUUAUGUGAAGACUUUGAAUAAUGCUGCAAAACUGUUGGGUGCUGCAAAACUGUUGAGUGCUGCAAAACUGUUGGGUGCUGCAAAACUGUUAGAAAGCAUUGCCUCUUGUAUAAGAUGUAGUCGCAUUACUUCAGUUAAUGACUUGAACCAGUUUGUUUUUCAAUUCACGGCUGUAUUCUUCACUAAUUAA